UUGUUUGUUUUCUUGUCCACAUCAACAAGUUUGUUCAGUUACUAUGCUAAGUUUGCUCAAAAAAGCUUAUAUUUUGCAGUCCAGCAAAUAACUGUGCAGCUAUUAAGUAAAUUUUUUUUUCUUUAAAUAAUCAAUAAUAAUUCUUUAAAUUGAAAAGUAAGAAGAAACGAUUAUUUUUACACCUACGCCACGUGAAUAUUUGGUUUUGUUACAUGUUCAAUGUUGAAGACAAUUAGAAAUUUUUCUGAAUUGCCUUCCCACUGCACAGAAUUGAUAUCCAGUUGGAUUUUUAUGUUAUCGGGCAGACAUUUCCCAAGAAAUGGAAAAAGACCAGUAUUCUCCCAUUCUGUUUCACUCCACUUCUCGUCAGAGGCAUAAAAAUAUUCACAACUCUUCAAGUGAUGAUGAUCUGAGUAGUAAUGAAGUAUCUUUACGAAGUACGACACGGUUAGCCAAACAAAUUCCGGAAUGUGCUGAAAUAAUCUAUGGAUCCACUGAUUCUAUUAAGAAGCUUUUUGAUUCUGUCAGUCAGGACAACUCAUCUACUGCUCAAUUAACAGGUUACCGCCUGCGCCAAAAGAGAUCGCGUCCUGAAAGUCCUACCACGGACUCGUCAUCCGAAUCACAAUCAUCAUCGGUUAUGACCUUAGAAAACAAGCAUGCAAAACAGUCACGACAAGAAAUUGGAAAUUCGUCUACUAGUAAUGCAGGGUCAGUCGGAAUUGUUAUCGAACCAUUUCACCCUGACGGAACAUUCAACAUAAACGAUGGGACUUCUAUAGUUGGCACGAAUCCAACUAGUCAUUCAGGUCAACAGUCUCAAAUGGAAUAUUCGCUAGAACCAAACCGUGCGCAGGACUCGAUGGCAUCAUCUGCUAAAACUGCUUCCGCCAGUUGGCCAAGCCCUCCUGCUAGGAAGCGGACGCUGAUCGAAGGAGCGCUCAAGGAUGCGCUGGAGAAGCACUUCUACAUGGAACACAAGCCAUCACUCGCGACGAUAACUUCUCUGGCUGAAUCUCUCCGGAUGAAAACUGAAGUAGUGCGUGUCUGGUUCGCAAAUCGACGACAUAAGGAGAAGUGCAGUAAGCCGAUUGCCAAAUCAAAAAGGCCAGGAAGAAAAGCACGGGCAGCUCGAAGAGCUCCGGUCCCUUGCAAAUCCGUCAGUGAAACCAGCGAAACUAUUCAGGAAUUAAUUGAUUCCGUCACCGAAAGUAACUCGUCGGCAGUUCAAUUAUCAGAGUUAAACAGGAUUGAUUUGGAAUCUUUGGGGCCUCCGCCGUUACUUGAUGUUGAAAGUCAAGUGCCGUUACUAAAUACUGAAAAUGAAGUGCCUUUAGUUGUAGAGCCUCUGGACACCAAUCCAGCGAGUGAUGAGACCGAAGAAUUGCCGGAAAUGGAAUGCUCUCUGGAAACUUUUGUGCAAGAAUUGAUAGUACCGUCUGAUACCAAUGUUUUCAACUACCCACAGGCCGGAAACGGAGGCUCGUUCAAAAAUGGUAGACCAUGGGGACCCCUUUCACGCCGUCAACCAGUUGAAGAAGACACCUUCGAUAUCUCAGUAACAUUCUCUGAUUUGAUCAAAGAUGUUCGUUUCGCCGAGAAGCAAAUCAAACGAUCCAACAAGAUAGGCAACCAAAAAGGGAUAGAUGUGUACGACGUUCCAGUAACGAAGUCGAUCGAGCCAACGUCAACGUUCCAGCGAAUGGUUUUCGGUGAAAUCGAUGCUCACGCGGAACACCGGACGGUCCUGGUGUUGGGUGCCAACAGUUCGAGUCAGGCAAAAUUUAUCAACGGGAUCAUCAACUUCAUCUUUGACGUCGACCUGAAUGACAGCUAUCGUUUUCAGCUGGUCGAGGAGGAGCCGGCCAGCCAGAGCAACUGCAUCAAGGUCUACGACAUCCACCACUCAUGCGGAUUCCGUGUCACCUAUUCGUUGACAAUCAUCACCAUGCCCACUUACGACGCUAACUCCGAUGACACUCAACUUUUCAGGGACCAGAAUAUAGCUAAAAUGUUCCUCGAGUUUUUCGAAGAUGAGGGAGGCGUCCAAGAGCUGGACAUGAUCUGUCAUAUCGAGGCCGACGGCAAUCAACACUACUUACUGUCUAUCUUCGGCAACGAUGUCAAAGACAACAACAACUGCUGGAUGCCGACGGAUUAUUUUGGCGAUAAUUGCAAGUGGCAGGAUGGUAUCCAGCGUUUCUUUGUCGCACUAGCCAAGAAGGAAACGAAAUCGCUGUCGCUCACCAGACAAGUUUUAGAAGAGAGGAAACACAUGGAAGCAAUGCUGGAUGGACUCCAGUCGCUGAUUGAAACCGUUUCGGUGAAGAUGGAAGAAAUCAACAAAACGAAGAAAAUGAUCACUUUCUGCCAAGCGCAGAUCCCUCCGACCGCAGAAGUCGAAGAAACUUUCCCUGUCGAAUUGACGCAAAAAGUGGAACUUCCGCCCGGCCAGUACAUGAUCAACUGCAAUCAGUGCUUUGUCACGUGCCACAACUCGUUCGUCAAGAAAGACAAGGUGUAUUCUCCAGACGUCACCGAGGCGAUCGUUUUGGAAAGCUGCUCCGUUUGCCCUGGGAAAUGCAGCUGGAGCAUGCACUCCAAUCAGCCCUACCGAUGGGUCUACGUGAAAAAGGAGCCGACGGACUUCACGAACCCCGCCAAUCAGAGAUACGAAGCUGAAAUGAAGUGGAAAAAAAUCAGAUCAAAUGGGCAAGAACUGGUGAAGGUGCUGCAAAAUGAUCUCGUCGAAAACGGAACGAUCAUGCUGGAGCAUUUCCAAUCCACCUGGCGAUGCAUCCAGCAGCUGAACAAGAUCGCCCUUCACGGAAACUCGUUUUUGACUCAAAAAGUCUUCGACGUCCUCUACGACGCCGAACAGCAGCUAAAAGAACUCGGCUUUGAAGAUGGACUGGAGAGUUUGAAGAUGUAACGAAGAAGUUAGGCAGUAUUAUAAAAAUUGUUGUGCCUCACGUCCACUUUUGUAUUUCGUAUCUUCAAAAUCAAAAUAAUUUAUAUUUGGUCUUAUUUUGGGGUGGGUUGAAAUAUGACAAUUGCUGUUUUAACAUUUUUGACCAUUAUCAUACUUAAUAUUUUUGUAGUAAAAUUUUCAUCAAGGAAAUAAACGAACCCGGUUAAAGGAG